AUCACAGAGCAGCCUCAUUAAACUGGCUCCGGCUUCUGCGUAAAGCUAGCUCGCUAGUUUAGCUUUGUUACCACGGCACUGAAUUUGUGUGGUUGUUGUUGUUGUUUUUUUAAAUACACAGAUUGCAAAGAAGAAAACAAGUUUUUAUAACCACGAAUGAUGCUUGGUGACUCAACCGCAGUGGACUGAAGUGGACAGAAGAUUCGUGGACAUCAUGUCCUCUGUCCUGCUGUGAUAUCCGUCACUCUGGGAAUCAGCACUCGUCGUCUUUCCACGCUCUUCUGAUAUGAUGGACACUGGAGCGGAGGUGAUUCCUAUUUGGCAGAACAAACCUCACGGUGCGACCCGGAGUGUUGUGAGGAGAAUCGGCUCCACGCUGCCUCUGAAACCCUGUCCCCGAGCCUGUUUCCAGGAGCUGCCUGGUUUGACCCCACUGCGGCACACGGACGGCCCCCUGGUGCCCACGCUGGCCGACAUCGCCUGGAUCGCUGCUGACGAAGAGGAGACUUAUGCCAGAGUCAGGAGCGACACACGCCCCUUCCGGCAGGAGUGGAGGCCGACGCCCCUCAUGGUCCUGCACAGGAACUCGUCAGUGCCCAAUUUCAGGCGUGAGGGAAAGCGCAUGGAGGGUCUGAGGAAGCCGGGCAUCACGGCGCUGAACCGCGCCACCGCCCUGCAGGACGAGCUGAGCCGCCUCCGCGCACAAAUCGCCAAGAUUGUAGCGGGAGAGACCGACUCGAACCCCAUCACCCCGGACCUCCUUUCUCCAGACGACACCAGCGUCGGCUUCUCCAUGGCUCCUUUCGAGAGCGCAGCGUACCACCCGCUCCCCAGCGCCUCCUUCGUCAUCAGCGACGUCACAGAAGUAGACGAGGAGGAGGAGGAGGAGGAAGAGGAGGACGAGUCCGAGGUCCCCGAGCUAGCGCCCGACCCCGUGCCCCCCGUCUGCAUGACGGCAUCGGCGACCUUCGACCUCGACCGGCCCACCAUGGACUUCCGGGAGGCGGAGGAAGACACGGUGUCGCUGUCCAAGUCCACCAGCUUCGCCGACGUCAAGGACAUCCUGAAGGACAUGAACCGCAUGAAGAUGAGCAAAGACAGAUAUUCCCGCGGCUGUACGUCACUGAGGGAAGAGGACUCGGCUAAUCUGAUCUCUGAAGCUCUGAGGAAGAAGUUCACUCUGAGGGAUGAAGACAUUAAUAUGAAGAAGUGAUCUGCCUUUUCUCCAUGAUCUCUGUACACACACCCCGACACGUCUGUGCCUGUGGACCAUUUUGCCAUGGAAACGCCACAGCGCCCCAUGAUGCCAAGUUAAGCCCCGCCCCCUUUCCCUCCCGCAGUGAUUACAGCCACACUGGAAUAGAGCAGCUCCCUGUGAAAAACCAUCCCUGUGUCUGUGUGUGUGUCUGUGUGUGUGUCUGUGUGUGUGUCUGUGUGUGUGUCUGUGUGUGUGUCUGUGUGUGUGUCUGUGUGUGUGUCUGUGUGUGUGUCUGUGUCUCUCAGUGAUUUCCCAGAUGACUUAAUGAUCAUAUUACAUCAUAUUUUAUUUCUUUAAAAACUUUAAAUGCUGCCUCCUCACACAGAGAACAGAGCGUCGAGAAUUUGAAGCAUCAACAAUAACAAUAUAUUGUGUGUGUUGAAUGUUGUGAUCUUGUCUAGUGUGAACAAAAAGUGUCUCGUCACCUCACACACAUUCAUUUACUGUUACGAAAUGUCUUUUUUUUUUUUCUUUUUUUCUUCAUCUUGCCUCCAUCUCCUCUAUGAAAUUCAGCCAUAUAUACUUGAAUCAUUUUGACGACUGGCCUAGUUACUUAUUGCUAUUGUUACAUAUUAUUAUUAUUAGUAUUAUUAUUAGUAUUAGUAUAAGUAUUAGUAUUAUUAUUAAUUUCCUUGUAUUUUAUAUUUUCAUUUAGCUUCAUUUCACAGAAAGGGCACAAAACUGGGACGCACAAGUUUUUGAAUAGCUUUCAAAUCUUUAAGUACCGUAUUUUCCAGACUAACAGACGUCUAAAUUCUGUGUGUUGAGAAAAAAAAUAACGAAAUAACACACAUUGUUUCACCUUUAUUUAUACGAUAAAAGUGAUAAUUAACCAAAAAUUACACAUUAUUUCUCCCUUACACCAUACACUCACUCAAUACAUGUCUGAUGUCAGAUUUUUAUUUUUUCAGGUAUUUUUAUUCUUUAUUUUAUGCAACUGUUGAUGUAGGAAUAGUGCGAUUGCGCUAAAUAGUGUCUUUUCUGUGAGCGUCUGAUUUCAGACAUUCAGUUUCCACAACUCUGAACUAGUGGCUUUUCUUUAAUAGCUACAUUAGCAUUGUGGCUCCAGUACAAAAAUAGACAUCUGAAUUCGGUGUUGAGAAAAAAAAAACAAAAAAACAUACUUACAACUAAAUAACGUGCGCUGUUUCACUGUGAUAGUACGAUAGACGUAGCCAAAAGAUACAUGCACACGAUUUUUCUCUUACAACAAACACGCAAUCAGCGUGUUCAGUAUGCUAAACUAGUGGCUCUUAUUUAACAGCUACAUUAGCAAAAAUAUACACCAGUGUUGGAUACUGAACACGUCUUUGCUGAACGGUUAGAUUUGGAGUUAGGAGAAAUUGUGUAUGUUUCUGUUUAGCAACAAUUUCUGUUUUUUUUUUUUUUUUUUGUACCAUAUAGUCUGGAAAAUACGGUAUUUACCCAGCUCAUAAAACACAAAAAUACUUUGAGGUUUGAUGUAGAGAUGAGGGGGUGUGUGUGUGUGUGUGUGUGUGUGUGUGUGUGUGUGUGUGUGUGUGUGUGUGUGUGUGUGUGUGUGUGUUGUAUAGCUUGUUGUGUUCACUGCUGCUUUUGCUGCCUGUGUAGCUGUGAAGAACAUUCUGUGUUUACAGGAACAUCGGGCCUCGUUGAUCAAACUGGCUACGAAUGAAUUUAUUCGUAAAUCGUUCGUAGGAGCGUUUACACAAGAAACAUGGUGUUCAUGAAAAUCCAGUUCGUUCGGAUAAACGGUCGAAUUCCUAAACUGGCUCCUGACUUUGUGUAAAUGUGCGUAUAAGAAGACUCUUUAACGUGAACCUUCGAUUGAUCGGCUUUGUGUAAAUUUUCAGUUGUUUCGUAUCAAUGACAAAAGAAAGCGAUCCAAAACAAAUCUACAAGUAAAAACAAAGAAGUCUAGCUGUUCAUUUAGGACAAAAGUAAUGGCACCCUAUAAAAGGAGGAAGCGUUAGUGUGCGUGUCUGUGGUAGCUAAUGUGUAGCUAUUUAUUUGUUUUCAGCUCGCUGUGAGCUUAGCCUUUUAUGCAGUAUUGUGGGUGUGGCUAAAGGUAAAUCAGCUGUUCUGAUUUACAGCUGAUUGGCAUUUAUCGACUUACACAUAAUUAUGAUGAAAAACAGCGAAACUUGUUAAGCUGGUGGAAUUUUUAUUUAGUUUGGCCUGUGUAUGAUUUCACAAAAGAGUUAAACACACACAGACCAAACGGACAUCAUUUGCUUAUAAUCUGCAUGACUGAAGUUUUUCAGCAUGUGAGUAAGAUCUCUCUCUUAUUGACUUACCUACCUAAGAGUUUUUUUUUUCUUUUUUCUUUCUUUCUUGGACAUCCGUUUUCGUUGAGUGAUUUCUGUUUCAGCGUCUGGCCCUGGGUUAUCUCUGAAACAGCAUACAUGUACAGUACAUAAUGUUUGGUUUCACACAGUUUCACCAUGCAGCAGACAUAAUGGUCUUAUUUGUGGCCAAAAAAUAUAUCCCAUCACAAUACUUAGACAUUUUCAUGAUGCACGAUGUGUAUCACAAUAUUUACAUUUGCUAACAAACUACCAGCGUUUUAAAACCUGAUUAAAGACCAUAGGUUCAAUAUUUUCUUUAUCCUCAGAAAUAAGUUUAAAAAUUUGUUCACUCGUUACUGUGUCCAGUAAUGGGGUUAGUUAGGAUUGUUGUGAAUUGUGACAUAAUUUUUAAUAUGAUAUUGAUAUAAUAUCAUAAUUCCUGGCACUUCCCUGAACUCUUAUUGAGCUCAUCUCGGUAUAUCUUUUCAAAUACUGACAGGAUCCCUGUUACUCUAGAGUAGAAGUGCAGUUCGCUUAAAGGUACAGUGGUGAAAACAAACAAACAAAAAAAAAUACAAUUUUCCACCAAUAUUUGGGGUGUAAAGUGGAAAAUUGUGUCUUUUAUUUGUUUCUCUGCCAAACUCUUCCUUUAAAUCCCCAUUAAAUAAUUGUCUUUAAUAUUUUCAUGUGUUUGACGCAUGCUCAGUUCUGUUGAUCAUAUUCAUUAUAAAAUAUUUGUUCAUUAUAAUCCGUGUAAAAGUAGAGAACUGCUUAAGAAGCUGAAUAAGUGUACACUUUCAGACUGUAUGUGAAAGUGUCAUGCUCAGAAGGUUCUGGUGUGUAACUUGCUCCUAAGAAAAUAUGAAGAAGAAGAAGAAGAAGCAAUCUCUGACUGUUAGAACUUUCAGGAGUCCUGCUGUGUGUUGGAGAGAUUCAAGCAUGUUUUAUUACUUCCUGUUCGAUCACAGAUUGAGAACUAGAGUGCAAGUUUUCAUCGAGAGGAACGUUUGUGUGCUGUGAUUUAGUUUUUUUCCCAAUAUGAGAAUGCUGAACCUGCCUGUAUAUUGUGUGUACAAGAGAAAAUAAAAAGGAUAACUUUUGAAAUACA